UAUCCAUCAUGUUGGUAAGAUGGGGCAUACUCGUCGCCUUAGCAGUGACGGUCCUCCAGACUCGCCCAGUAGUUUCUAAUGGUCAGGCUGCUAUACUGACUUCGUGGAAAGAUGGUUUCAUUGCAACUGUCGAGACAAAUGCUACAGAAAGCACCACACAUGGAUGGAAGCUUGAUGUCACCUUUCCAGUUAAAGUCAAAAAUUUAAAGAUGGACCAAGCAGUGCUUACUGGCGCGACAGGUGACUAUCAUAACUUUGAGUUGAGCAACAACACAUCAAACGGCGUGUUAACCAAAGAUGACAAGAUUACCAUUAUAAUCGUUGGAGGUGGCGUUGAAGAUGAAGACAUCGACCGGGACUUAUUUAAAUCCCAAUCAGUUAUAACAUUCACGCCACUUUAGAUGGCAUGUCUCACAUACACAUAUUCGUUGUAUGUGUCAACAGACUAAGUAAUAAACUCGGUUUGAACAACAA